AUGAAGUUCAGUCAGUCUUCUCGGAUACUCGGGGUAGCGUUGGCCGUUAGCUCCAUAUGCCUCGCUGUGCCUCAAGAGAUAUCGCAGGGCAACCAGCCAUCAGCACCGCGAGUUGGAGAGGUGCCGUAUGAGCAAUCACCUUACGAAGAGACACCCUACAAUGAGACGCCACACGAAGACUCGGCGGAAGAACCGUCACCGUACGAGCAGCCAGACGAAAAACCUUCACACGGAAAGCCUUCAUAUGGACAGCCACCCCGGGAAAAGCCAUCAUAUGGCCACACUCCGUACGGGCGAGACCCAGCCAUCUCCAUCAUAGAAUGGGAAGUCGGCAGCCCGGCCCUCUACGCAGCGCGCUCCGUCGACGACCCAGACACAUGCCCCAAAGGAACAGUAUCCUGCAACCUCCCCCGCAACUGGAACUGCUGCACAAGAUCCAUGCCCUGCUGCGGGCCCGGCUGCUGCGCCCAAGGCUUCGACUGCGUCGACGCCGCCAUCGGGGUCUGCUGCUCGCGGGGCAAGAAGCUCUGCGGCGGGAUGUGUGUGAGUGGAGAGUGUUGCGGUGUACAGGGCGGGUGUAGUCGGGAUGAGAAGUGUUGGAUGGGGAAGUGUUAUCCGAAGGAGAGGGGUCCUCCGGUCUCUUCGGGGGCCGGUGGAGUUGUGCCGCCGGUGACGGGGGGUGCGGGGCCGGUGAGGGUUGGGAAGAAGAGUGGGGAGGGGGCGGAACGGGGGAGGAGGGACUCGAUGCUUGGGUUCGUUGUGCUUGUUGGGGUGUGGGUUGUUGACGAGGUUUGGGGGGGUUCGCUUUGGGGGUAG